AGCAGCCUCGUUACAUAAUAUUUCAUUUCUACAGUUCAACGGCAUAACAUUGAUAUUGGAGCUAAGGAAUUCUCAAUACAACAGUUCUUCCGUAGUCCAAAUGAGCCAAUUGUCUGAACAUAGUGUUCCGAUAUCUCUUGAUUUCAACAAUAUUUCGCUGAAGAUCGACGAUCGUCAAAUUCUAGACGAUGUAAGCGGCAAAGUGAAACCUGGCCAGUUAUUGGCUAUUAUGGGCCCUAGCGGCUCAGGCAAAACAACUCUCCUAAACAUUCUCUCUGGCCGGUUGAAUGCUGACAGCGGUGAUGUACUCAUCAAUGGGAAACACAUCACUAAACAGUUAAAGAAAAAAAUUGGUUUUGUUCUGCAGGAAGACAUCUUCUUCUCACAUCUUACCCUGAAAGAAACAUUGACAUAUUCAGCACUCCUUCGCCUCCCUGACACUUUAUCAAAGAAAGAAAAACUACAGAAGGUUGAGGAAAUAGUUGACAUACUGGACAUCAGAAAAUGCCUAGACACACGUAUUGGAAGCCCACUUACAAGAGGACUUUCUGGAGGAGAGAAAAAACGUGCAAACAUAGGCUGUGAAUUGAUAACCAACCCAUCUAUUCUCUUCCUUGAUGAGCCAACAUCUGGUCUUGAUUCAAGUAAUGCUAAAAAUCUAAUCCAAACCUUGAGCGCGUUCGCUGCUCAAGAAAAGAAGACRAUACUAAUGAGCAUUCAUCAGCCRUCAAGUCAGAUUUUCCAUUUGUUUGAUAAGUUAUUGCUACUGUGUAAUGGAAAGAUAGCAUUUUAUGGCAAGGCAUCAAAAGUUUUAAACUUCUUUAGCAGUAUUGGUCUUGAAUGUGAAAAGCAUUUUAACCCAGCAGAUCACAUUCUGGAAAAGGUAACUGCCGGAAAAGAGACAGAAGACUUCAUAGUAGAAUCGUGGUCCAAAAGUGUAAAGAAACACAAAGAAUUAAAGACCUCCAAAAACAAAGAAGAUCUCGGCAACGGAGACUGCUGUAGCCCUUCCUCUCCUACAAGUCCAAAAAAAUCUGAGGAAAAAGUUCUUUCGCAWGAAAAUCUAUCAUUUGAUAAGUCGUCUGAAGUCUCUCCUACGAGUCCAAYGAAAUCUGAGGAUAAAGUUCUUUCCCAAGAAAAUUUAUCAUUUGAUGUUUCGUCUGAUAAUGAAUCAGAAAUCACUGRWAGYGUCUACGAUACACCGUGUCAUUCACCAAGAGAAAUAACAAAAAUGAACCAUGCUAAAGUACCUAGUGUCGUUACUCCACCCUCCUCACAGAAUGGACAUUGYGUAGAAGUUAUGUCUGAUAGCGAACUCCCUAUGAUCUCGUUUAAAAAGGAUUCAAAAGAUACUCAUCUCGAUAUCCACGAAGAUGAUGACGAUGAGCAUGAUUAYUCUGACGUAAGUACUGCGUGGGUGACGUCAUUUUGGACACAAUUCUCGGUUCUUACSGAAAGAACAUUCAAACAGUCAAAACCCGAAAUCAUAUCAAAGCUGAAUAUUAUACAGACAGUUGUGCUCGCAGUGCUGGUCGGGUUGAUUUGGUUUCGCACUCCAUACACAGAAAAGACAAUAAGAGAUCGAUAUGCAAUGGUAAGUGGCACUUACUCAGCAUUGAUACUGGAGUUAUUUCGAUGUACACGUAGAAUAAGAGAUCGAUAUGCAAUGGUAAGUGGCACUUACUCAGCAUUGAUACUGGAGUUAUUUCGAUGUACACGUAGAUGGGAACUCUGCACAUCACUUACUUCCUAUCUUUAAGGCCGAUUUAGACGAUACAACUUUUCCCUACAAC